GCAGCACCUCCGAACUCCUGCCAGAAUCAGCUCCCCCAGCAUGAGAGCCGCCCCCCUCCUCGUGGCCAGGGCGGCGAGCCUUCACCUCAGCUUCUUCCUUCUGCUUUCCUUCUGGCUAGACAGAGGCGUGGGAGCUAAGGAGCUGAAGUUUGUGACGUUGGUGUUUAGGCAUGGAGACCGAAGUCCCAUUGAAACCUUUCCUAACGAUCCCAUUACGGAAUCCUCAUGGCCACAAGGAUUUGGCCAACUCACUCAGCUAGGCAUGGAGCAGCAUUAUGAACUUGGAAAGUAUAUAAGGAAAAGAUAUGGAAAAUUCUUGAAUGAGACCUAUAAGCAUGAACAGGUUUAUAUUCGAAGCACAGACGUUGACCGAACUUUGAUGAGUGCUAUGACAAAUCUUGCAGCCCUGUUUCCCCCAGAGGGUAUCAGCAUCUGGAAUCCCAGCCUACCCUGGCAGCCCAUCCCAGUGCACACAGUCCCGUGUUCUGAAGAUCGGUUGCUAUACCUGCCUUUCAGGGACUGCCCUCGUUUUCAAGAACUUGACCGUGAGACUUUGAAUUCAGAGGAAUUCCAGAAGAGGCUGCAUCCUUAUAAGGAUUUUAUAGAAACCUUGCCAAAACUUUCAGGAUACCAUAGCCAGGACCUUUUUGGAAUUUGGAGUAAAGUCUACGACCCCUUAUUUUGUGAGAGUGUUCACAAUUUCACUUUACCCUCCUGGGCCACGGAGGACACCCUGACUAAGUUGAGAGAAUUAUCAGAAUUGUCCCUUCUGUCCCUCUACGGAAUUCACAAGCAGAAAGAGAAAUCGAGACUGCAGGGGGGUGUCCUGGUUGGUGAAAUCCUCAAUCACAUGAAGAGUGCAACUCAGCCAUCCAACCACAGAAAACUUGUCAUGUAUUCUGCGCAUGACACUACUGUGAGUGGCCUGCAGAUGGCGCUAGAUGUUUACAAUGGAAUCCUUCCUCCCUAUGCUUCUUGCCACUUAAUGGAAUUGUACUUCGAGAAGGGGGAGUACUUCGUAGAGAUGCACUAUCGGAAUGAGACGCAGCACGAGCCACAUCCUCUCACGUUGCCGGGCUGCACCCCGAGCUGUCCUCUGACAAAAUUUGCUGAGCUGGUUGCCCCUGUGAUCCCCCAAGACUGGUCCACGGAGUGUAUGACCACGAGCAACCACCAAGUUCUCAGGACCAUCCUUGCUGUUGCCUUUUGCCUGGUGUCUGGUGUCCUACUGGUGCUGCUGUUUACCCUCAUCCGCCACGGGCCCUGCUGGCAGAGAGAGUCCUAUCGGAACAUCUGAACAGACGGCUGAAUAAAGGCAGACAAGCCAGGCCAACUUCCUGUGAUGCGGCAUCUCUCAGUGAUGCAGCAUUCAAAGGACAGGCUUUCACCACAUGGGCAUCACUCUGCCCACACCUUUCCUUUUGAGCCUGCCUAGAGCAGAGACUGAGCUCACAGUGACCCGGGGACAGCUGCUGGACUGACUGAUGAAUGGACACGUAGGUUACUUAGUUAGGUCUCCUCCCCAUUGAACUCAUCGUAGUGUGGGCUUCUCAUUUGGAUAGAAAGAGGCUCUUCUGUAAAGGAUAGUUGUAUUCUCUGGCACAGAUGUCCAGAGAGAAAUAAGAAGUCAGCCUUUUACCUGCAAAGAGCAAACGGUUACAAGGUGUGACAAAGACAUAAAUUAAAGAAGACUGGAUAAUGGGGAAAAUUAGACUAGAAGUAGUAUUAUAUAGGAUGAUUCUUAAGAAAUAAGACCCAAUCAGAAAGUAUAAAUAAACCUUUUAUUUAGCUUAUGUUAAGUAGUUUUCCUACAAACAUUCACACACUCCUGCAAAGAAACGCCUACCCAGUGGUUGAUAGCUAACAUAUUUCUGUAUGUGUGUGUACAUAACAUACACAUAUAUAUAUUAAAAAUGCCUUAGGAAGAGGUAUUUAGUUCUCAGAAACUGUAAUAUCAACUACUCUAGUUGCAGUUCAGGUCAUUUUCCCCAGAAUUUCUGUAAUGGAAUAACUAGCAAAUCCUUGUAGCCAUGGUUCUUUUUUUUACCUCCACUAUCAGAGCUGGAUAUUUUUACAGUUCUAAUUUCCUUAUUUAACUUUAAAAGUAAGCGAUUUUACUUUGAUAAGGGUUAUUCAUGGCCAUGAUGAAAUGGUAAUGUAUUUUAAUUGCUUGAAAUAGAUCCGAAUUUCUCAAGUAGAGAAGUAGAAAGAAAAGUGGACUGAAGGAUGAUGACCCAUUGCUUCAGCUCUAUGCUGGCUUUAGGCCAAUGACUUGGAACAAGUUCUUUUCAAUCUUGAAUCUUGGCUUCAUAAUCUAAAAAUGAAGAGUCUGGACUAGAUGAACACAGAAGUCACAUCUAGUUCUCAUGUUCUGUGAACAACUUUUUUUUCAUUUUAUGCUCUGGAUUGGUCAUUGUCCAAGCAAGCACUUUCAUGAAUCGUAGCAUUGUAGUAAGCCUGAAAUUUAUCCUAAACAACUAUCUUCUGUGCUGAGUCUCCAACCAUGCAUUUGGUGGGAAAUUCAGUCUCAUUCAUUGGUAGGAUUCUUCACCUCCUCAGGUUCUACUAAAGGUCCCAGAGUAUACCUGGCGGGAGGAGUCAGAUAAGAGUCCUCUAGCCUCUGUCCACACUGGUGUCCAAUAAGCUCACUGGCCAUGCCAACAUGGUCUUCUGAAGGUAGGCAGAGAACAUCUGUGCCAUGACUCCCAAGGCGACACACUUGGAGUUCACCAGGCCGGCAUUGUCCAGUCUUCUACCUGGGAUCUUUGCCCAGCACAGAAAGCCCCCACCCAGAACCCCACCCCAUCUCUCAGUCUCAGGAAUCUUCCUCUCCCCUUGUAUCCCACAGCUUCCACCUUUAAACUCCAAGCGCUUACCUCUAUCACCCUCACUCUCUACCAAUUCUCACUGAGCCAAGGCUACUGCAGACAAAAACUUGAGAAGGAUUUGUCUUCUCUUGCCUGGCAACUGCUGCUUCCUGCUGCAACACAAGAAGCAUGUAGGCAAAGAAAUGCAAGAUCUGGCUACAUUCUUGGCUUGGGAAAGGGGAAAAUAUCCAUAGCAGCAAGAACAAAGGACAAAUUUAUGUCUCCAUAAAGUAGACAGCCAUACAGUAAUGAAGCCACAAUAUCUUAUGCUAAUAAGUGAUGAGACUUUAAAGUGGAAGUACAAACAGGACCACAAGUCAUGGAUUGUCUCACUCAUUCAACAAACAUUGAUGGAGGACCUAGUAUUUGCUAAUCACUGGCCAAGAUGCUAAACUGUCCAUCCCUAAUGUGAUUAGUAAGGUGUUGGCCCCAACAACAACCUUAUAUGGGAUUGGUAGAAUGUAAAAGUAAAAGCUUUCACAACCUUUUCCUCAUAUCAUCUUUUAAUACUGUCGGUGGCUAAAAGGAUCUCUACUUUCUAUUGGUUCUGAGGAGUUUUUUAACAUCCCCCAUUUCUCUUCCUUCUACCAUCUCUUGAUUAUUUUGAAGAAAGCUCUCACUCUCAACUUAGUUGUUUCUUUUACCUUCCACAGAGCUACUCUGUUGAUAAAUACUGUAAUUGUUUUUCAUACUUCAUGGGAGAAUGAAAAAUCACAAGUGACAAAUGAUCUAUAGUGAUAAAGCAGAGAGCACAAAUGUCCUGAACAUUUCUCAGGAAAUAAGCUAAUCUUCCAACUUCAGCAGGAAAGUAUGCAGAUUCUCUCUACUGAUAAAAGUGCCUUUUUCAGAUGGGUAAGAGAAGACCAGUCUAGUUGACAUGUUGAUAAACAUUGUUUGAAAGACAAUCGCUAGGGUUGAGACAACCUCUGCUCUGAAAUGUAUUCCCCACAUUCAAACCAGUAUAGAGGCCUUUGAACAGGAUCAGAAUAAUGCAGUAAUUACACAUCAAUGUAGGGAAAUUCCUUAACAUAAAAAAUAUCAGCAAUGUAUAUGUAGAAAGGUUCUAAGGAAGAGUUGUAGGUACAAUAUUCCUAGCUAGAAUGGCAUUGCGUAAAGAAAGUCUUAGGAAAAUACGAUUAUAAAAAGAAAUUAUUUAUGGCAUUAGAGGCAAACAUUUUACUGGAAGUCAUUCAAAUGACAAACCUUUUUUACAUUAGAACUGGUGUUUUUUCUCCCUGAAUUCAGUCAGGUUCCCUAUUCUCCCAACUUCCUGUUCUCUUUCUGUCUUGUUCUAAUAUUGUUAGCAUUGCUUCUUUCUUCAUAGCCAGGGGGAUUUCUUGGUAAGUGAAAGCCAAAAGGUUAGUUCUCUCUUUCAAAACUCCCUUUAUAGAAACCCCAUUUGAGCAAUAAUGGAUGUGUGCUACAUUUUGGUGCUUUAGACCAGGGCUGUCUAAUAGAAAUAUAGUGUGAGCCACAAACAAAAGCCGCAUACAGGAUUUUAAGUUUUCUGAUAGCUACAUUUUAAAAGGGUAAAAAUAAAGACUGAGGGCCGGCCUAGUGGCUUAGCGGUUAAGUGCGUGCGCUCCA